ACUUCUUCUACGACUACCAAGCUAUGCAUUGCUGCUGAACACGUAGGCUACACAUGUUGCCGCGAAGUUCUUCACGACUGGGAGCAUACAUCCAAAAGAAUUCUUGUCGUGCUCAAGAAGUGGGAUAUUUAUUCCCGUAAAACGGACCUAGACAGAGCAUUUGACUAAAUGGACUUGCUUCAUUUAGUCCUGCUUCCGCUGUUGGGCAUAUGUGAUGCGUCUCCUGAAGACAUGGCACGUCCGCAGCUGCCACGACUUGUUCCCAUGGGACUGAGCUCUAGCCCUACAACUAGAGUGGUCUAUAUGAAUAUUUAUGGACUGACGUAGAGAUAGAGUUCUGAAUUUCCUUGGCUGCAUUUCGUCCAUCCACAUCUCUAAUUUUUUGAAAAAAAUGAUCGAUGAGAAUAUGAGUAUUAAGAGUAUUCGUCUAUCGCUGCUCCUGUUGUCGUACUUACUUCCACCGCAAGAACAAGAUGGGAUCCCUUCGACGUCAUUUGUACAAAAAAUGCAUUUAUCAGAGCUCGAGCAGCUUGCUUUCUUUUUAUCCUCUUGCAGCAUGUGCAUGAGAAUGCUGAAAGAGAUAGAAAUGCUGGGCGGGUGGUGGUGGACAGUUCGUCACAUAUCUCGGCGAAUGGGGACUGUAACUACUUGUCAUCUCAAUGUUUUUCGUGUCUUUUUUUUCGACUUGUUGCCACAACAAACAACAAGGAGCGACUUUGAGCUUCAGGGCCUUGCUACGUUGAUUCUACUAGCUCGAGGCGCGAUUUGUGAAUAUAUCGUAUAGAAGUGGCCAGCGUGGUUUUUCGCAUAGGUGAGAUGGCCUGCGCGUUCUGGCUUACUUCGUCACUUUUUUUUUAUUUUUUUGUUAAUAGUUUUUUAAUUCUUGCCUCGUCUUUUUCUGUGUCCAUUGCUAGAGGGGGCGUUAGAUCGCUUCAAUUAUUUAGAAGGACCACUCCCAUCAACGUAGUUGACGAUUGGGCUACAACAUGUUCGAAACUGACGAGGGGAAGGGGUGGCUGGAGGAGGGGGGAGCCUCCUUAGAAGGGGAAAUUCGUAUAAUCAUGAACAGCAUCACGCUGUUCCUGAUUAAGUGCAACUUGUCAGCCUUCACUACUUCACGCCUGGCAAUCUAUAUCACUAGCUACAUCGAGGGCGGUGCUACUAGUAGCUUGAGUACCCGCAACUUUUCCGAGAUAUGACGAAAUGUGUAUCAUCGCGAACAGUACUAGUAGCAGUCUUAGCUUGCUGGCCAGCAAGUAUCUUAAAGCGGUGCCGUGUUGGUGUUACUGAUCAGCCUCUCUUGAUGAUCUUGAGCACGUUGUAGCGGAGUUUUGUCUGCGCGUUGGAUGUCUGCGCGCUAUGCGCAUGAUUUUCUGACUGUAGCAGUUGUAUAGGAGGCGGAGGAGAGCUCGGGGAAAUCAGAUUAGAGCUCGGGUGUGAAAUUCAAAAAGUCUGCAUAUCCAUAUAUCGUAUAAAUAUAAUGUAGUAGCAGAUGAAAUAUUGUGUAUAAUCAUCACACUCACAGGAUAGGAGCACGCGUGUGUGGAUAGUAUGCAAGUAGGUUCAAGCUCAUAAUUGCGGGCGCUGGUCAUAAUGAAGAGAUGCAAAGGCAAACUUUUGCGAAAAAGUUUUACAACCUCUCUGAUAUGGUUGACAUUCAUUGGUCCAUUCUCCGACGGCUGUCGUUAUCGGGUCACUACUUAUGUAUUUCCAGGGGCUCUAAUCAAUGUACUUUGCCACGGCCUAAUCACGUAAUCAGUUGCUAUCGUCGAUCUUGGGACUAAUACGUGCAGAGUAGUCGGCACGGUUAGGAUUAUGCGCUCUCUCCUUCGCUAAAUAUAGUAUGGGCUGCAGAGUCGUUAGAUUUAGAAGGGUAUAGUUAGAGAUGGCCCGGCCUCACUAGUGACAAGGCUAGUCGCUGAAGAGACAUGAGCGCAGGAGGUGCGGCCUCCCGGGAGUAUUGCCCUCUAUUGUCAUUGCAGUCUCAUCUUCUCCUACAAGUGAAGACGUCUCUCAUAUGCAUAGGGAUGGGGGAGCACGUUUGAGAAGUAGUAGUAGUAGUCCUAUGUAAAAUUUACAUGCAAAGGGCGGAAAUGGCAAAGUAAUUGGGUAUUUGAAUUGUCGUGUCUUUCCUCUCUUCCUCCUCCUCCUCCUCCUCCUCGUCUUCGAAUCCUGAGGCCGGACUGCGUGCUCGUAACUCUGGGGCCGCCCCUCGUUGGUCUCAGCAUACAAAAAAGAGGCUGACACUUCUAGACUUUUUUACGAGGAACAGAGUUCGAACAGCGUUCAGAAUAAUUAUUUUUCAUGUUUCGGAAAAUAAAUAGAUAUCCACCACGAUGUGCGUAAUCCUGUGGUUGCUUUCCUAGCAACUGGAGGGUUCCCACUGUAGACGAAGUUCCCAAUGAGUGAAGUUCUUCCACCCGCACCCAGCGCGCCAUUUUGUUACCCUUAGCACUUUGCUGCUUCACUCAAACUCUCGUAGUUGAAGUAGGCAAAUGUGACAGACUGCAAGAGUUGGAAAGUACUUACUUGGACUUAGGACGCCCUCAGCAUGUUUCGUACUCGUAGGAGGUAGGGUAGGCAUUUCGUGCAGUGUGUGCUUGGGUGUAUUAUGAUCGUAUUGAUCACGAACACGAUGGCAAUUCUUGUGUGAGUAUUUUAGGAGGCGAGAUGCGAGGAUGAAAGUGAACGUAUUAAGAAGUCAGCUAUCUACUUCUUUGCGGUUAGCAAGGAUAAUGGAGCAGGAAGUCGCCACUUGUUUUGAAGGUCGUAGUAGAAAAAGUGACACAGGAGAAAGACAAGGGGUGGAAGAUACUCAACCUGAUACUGGCUACAACUGGAACUACAUAAGCCUCUGCCUUAAAUGCAAGGGACGUGGCCCAAUCUGAGUAAUGGAGCAAGCGCUGUCGCGCUUGUGUCAUUGUCUCUGCGUUCUUUCUCGUGUUUAGGCCAAACCAGUGCUACAGCUACGAACUUCCACCUAUACUCUUUUCAGCUAUUAUUUACAGCUACUUCUUCUACGACUACCAAGCUAUGCAUUGCUGCCGAACACGUAGGCAACACAUGUUGCCGCGAAGUUCUUCACGACUGGGAGCAUACAUCUACAAAAUUCUUGUGCUCAAGAAGUGGGAUUUUCCCGUAAAACGGACCUAGACAGAGCAUUUGACUAAAUGGACUUGCUUCAUUUAGUCCCGCCGCUGUUGGGCAUAAGUGGCACGUCUCCUGAAGACAUGGCACGUCCGCAGCUACCGCGACUUGUUCCCAUGGGACUGAGCUCUAGAACUAGAGUGGUCUAUAUUUAUAGAUUGAUAUUUAUGGACCGAUGUAGCGAUAGAGUUCUGAAUUUCCUUGGCAGCAUUUCGCUCAAGCACAUCUUGGAUUUCUAGAAAAAAAAAUGAUCGAUGAGAAUGCGAGAAAGAUUACUCUUCUAUCGCUGCUGUAGCUGUUGUCGUACUUCCUUCCUCUGCAAGAAAGUGAGUUAAUUAGGUAAUGUCAUAUAUCAACAACUUUUUCAGAUGAUAUUUCUUUCGACCUCAUUUGUACAACCAGUGCUGCAAGUGCAACGAUUGUCGGGUAUCCUCAUGUCCUCACGAUCAUC